AUGGUGCACCUGAGGCUCCACGCCGGCGAGAAGCCCUUUGGCUGCACGGAGUGCGGCAAAAGUUUCAAGAGCAACUCCCACCUGGUGACGCACCUGCGCAUCCACCGCGGCGAGAAGCCCUUCGUCUGCGCCGAGUGCGGCAAGAGCUUCAACGACAAGUCAAACUUUGGCCGCCACAAGCGCAUACACACCGGCGAGAAGCCGUACACCUGCGACCAGUGCGGCCGGGGCUUCAACCGCAAAGCCAACCUCUUAAUCCACGAGCGCACGCACACGGGCGAGAAGCCGUACUGCUGCGCAGAAUGCGGCAAGUGCUUCGCCAACAACUCGCAGCUGGUGACGCACGAGCGCAUCCACAAGGGAGAAAAACCCUUUGAGUGUCAGGAGUGCGGGAGGAGCUUCAACGACAAGUCGAACUUUAUCCGCCACCACCGGACGCACACGGGAGAGAAGCCAUUUAGUUGCAUGCAGUGUGGGAAGUGCUUUAGCAGUAACUCCGGCCUAGUCGUCCAUCAGAGACUUCACACGGGUUAG